AUAAGCUGGACCAAAUAGUAUAAUAGCCUUUCUCUUAAACCCUUUGAAACCCUUUCCUGGGUUGUCUCUGCAAAUGUUUUCAUGACCAAUUUCAAUUUUCACAGAAGGCUUUGGAGACAGAUCUCCUGAUCACAAGUUUCAUGAUUUGAAUUGGAUUAGUAUCGACGUUCUAGCGAGAUUUGGGAAUCAAGAAUGGCUUUCAAACGAUCUACGAUUCAGCAUCUCUUGCGGUCCCUGGAAAGUAAAAAAUUAUCAUCUCUAAGCGGAAGCUCAAGAAGUUAUUCGAAGAUUGAUGCGAAAGUACUCAUUCAUGGGAGUAAUAUGCUUUCAUCGUGUAAGGAGCAUGACUCGUUUCCUUGGAUUCAGGGAAGUGCUACGACUCUUCGUUAUACAAUGGGUUCCGAGUUAUCAUUCUUCCUGAAUGACACUAGGCUGUUAACAACGCAAGUGAAAGCACCUCCUCAAACUAGACAAAUGGGGGGCUUAAAAGUGGCCAUGCAGAGUCCUGGAAUUAUCUAUGAGCCAUAUGCACCCCGUGAGCCCAUUCCAUUUUGGCGAAGAUGGUUCACAAGAAGUGGUUGGAGAAGAACAAAGGAGGACAUCAUUCUAGAGCUCAAAAGUGCAUACGCUAUUAAUAAAUUAAGGAAAUCUGGAUAUAACAAGCAGAAGUUCUACCAAGAUACAGAUAUACAAUAUGUUAGUUUUAAUUCUCAUUUUCAAUUUUAUUUUUUUCCUCAGAUAAACACUUUAAUAGCCCAUGGGGACAAAACAUCUUUAAGGAAACUAGUUACAGAGAAUAUGUACUCAGGCCUUAAGAAUGAAAUUAAACAGAGAGAAUCAAAGUGGAGUAGUGUUUACUGGGAAUUGGUCGAGCCAGUGGAAAUACGAACGCUCCGAGCUCGCCUGUACUUUGCUAAUUUCAUGAGGAUGUAUGAAGAGCUGAACUCUCUACUUCCUAUUAGUGGUAAUGAACAGGAGAUGCAGAACCAAGAAAGAGAUUUGGGGAUAUUAGAUGGCAUUGACAAAAAUAACCUCAACAAAGUAUUCAUACAGCUUACUCUUGAGUUCUUGGCAAAACAGAAGUUUGAGGCAUAUGAUUCAAAAGGUGCCAUCGUUGCUGGAGAUAAAACAAAAGAGGUAGAAAUUAUUUGAUUGUUGGAUUCUUUUAACAUCUCUGCCUCAAAAUUUUCAAGUCUCUAUACUUUUGCUUCGGAAACAUGACCAAUGAGAAUGUUACUUGUUAAGCAUUUCCAUUUCUUUCCGUAAGUUUUCCUAGAAAAUAUCUCACUUUUUCCCCCCUGACAUGAAAUGGUUCAAAGUCGAGCAUUUCAGAUAAUUUUCCAGUGUGAGUUACAUUGCCUAGAUACAGCAAGGGCAUUAUCCAUCUAUGGCAUUUGUACUUGAUAGAAUGAUAGUGACGUACCAGUCAUGGUUAUGGCUCCUAAUUUGAAGUUUCCAGUCAGCAUCGUAUAAUUACUUACGACGAAAUAAGAAGCACCAUUUCAUGGGCCAUAAGGAUAUUUUAGUGAUUAUGUAAGCCCUAGACGUGUGACUUAUUCAGGAUGGUGGGCCCUUCUGGUAACUGGGUCUUGCUUUAAGAUAUCCUUGCAUCAGAGAUGACCAAAUUAAAUAUCCUAAACUUUAAGUAUGUGGACUAUUUUGUCCAGAGCAUUUGCCUUUUCUUUUACUUGACCAACUAAUCCAAAACAAUAAUUCUGGCUGAAUGGCUUUACAUAAGUGAACUCUGUGACACAAUGAAGGCAGACAAGACCCAUAUAUGCAGAAUCAAUGAAACGUUAGGGCUAUUCACCUACUCAAAAGAGAUCUCUGCAUCCGAUACAAAUUUCCUUGACAUGUACCAAGAGACCACAUAACUACCCAAGGACCUUUAUUCACCUUGUAAAAGUUUUAAAGGCCCACCAAGUUGUCUAGUAUGCAGUUCACAGAUUACUAACAGAGUUGUUUUGACGAAAUGUUUAUUUAUGAAUAUAGUUUAAUAGGCUAGACAAACAAUCUCUAUAUAUGCCAACCAGUUUGCUACAUGAGUUAGCUUCUAAAGCAGGCUAGGUGACCAAAAAAUCUUCUGCACGGCAACUUAGUUGGCAGAGCAAUAGGGUCUUUUAUGUUGGCCAUGUAACUGGUUACUCAUACGGUAAUUUUAGUGGGAAACUAUAUGCAAUCUUCCAAUAUAA